AUGUUCAUUGUUGCUCGCCUCUUCGCUGGGGGCGGGAGCUGGGGUUAUCUUGCAGUCACCCCAUAUUACUCUGCAGAGUUGGCACCUCCAGGCCUUCGCGGCCUCAUGGUGGGCAUGAACGGUGUCAAUAUCGCACUGGGCUAUGCUCUCGCCAGCUACAUGGGUCUUGCCUUUUACUACGUCAAUGAUCCGCAGACCCAAUGGCGAGCUCCUUUGGGAAUUGCCCUCAUUUGGCCAGUGAUGAUGGUUCUAGUCUGCCUUGUCAUCCCAGAAUCACCCCGUUUUCUCCUCAUGAAGGGUCGGAUUGACGAAGCGAGGGACGUUGUCUUCAAGCUGCACGCAUCUAAGAACGACCCCGACCAAGAAUUUGCUCGUGGGGAGUUCUAUCAGAUGUCAAAGCAAGCCGAGUUGGAUAGGACCAUGGAACCGGGCUGGCUUGAAAUGAUCCGCCGCCCCAGCUACCGCAAGCGCACAAUCAUGGCCAUGGGCUUCGCAUUCAUUGGCCAGUCGACGGGCGUGUUGGUUUUAAACAACUACGGUCCAACCAUCUACGCAGCCCUAGGAUACGAUACCCUGUACCAACUGAUCUUCCAGUGCGGCUGGAUUACUGUAGGCAUUUUUGGCAACUUGGUGGGAGCGCUAAUCAUGGAUUGGACCGGCCGCAAACCUCUGCUUGUCAUGGGUGUUGCUGGCUGCUGCGUGUCGCUCAUUCUCGAAGCUGCGAUGGUUAGCUCCUACGCCGAGGAAGGGACCAACAAGGCUGGUCUUCGAAUGGGCGUUGCGGCUGCGUACUUGUUUUUGCUAGUAUACAGCGUCGGCAUCGACGUCGCCGGUGUUGUCUUCUAUUCGGAACUUUUCCCCAACCAUCUGAGAGCGAAGGGCCUGGCUCUCAGUAUUGCUGUCAUUGCACUGACAGACUUGGUCUAUCUACAAGUUGCAGCGACAGCUUUUGCCAAUAUCGGCUGGAAGUUCUAUCUGGUCUUCAUUAUCCUUUCGGGCCUCGGCGCGUUCUUUGCAUACUUCUACCUUCCUGAGACGAAGAACAUCCCGCUUGAAGAGAUGGCAAAACUAUUUGGAGACGAGGUCGCCGUCUACGCGGAAGACCUCCACGUCGAUCAUCGCACCCAUGAGCUCAUCGUUGAUGAACACGGUCAUACUGGUGUGCACAAGGUCGCAACUGAGGCUAGUAACCCGCGACCUUCCACAGGUAGAGACGUGGAGAAGCAUGAAAUUAGCCACGGGGCUACCGCUGAGCAUGUCGACUCAGAACAAAGUGAAAAGGAAUAG